AUGGGAGCUCAGGGUGACAAAAACAAUCUCCUGCCCCAGAUUUAUGUUCUCCUCGUCACUGUCGCAGCUGCAGCCCUCAUUUUCGCUAUCUACCACUUGGUUGCCGCUACUUGCUGCCGUCGACGCCUUGGGCAGCCCCCACAACAUAGGCCCAUAAUCGUGUUCAGACCGAGAGAGUUUCCAAGCAGCAUUGAGAGUUCAAUGGCCCAGCUCAUCCCGGCCCACAAGUAUCAAAAGGGUACCGGCCCAGUGGGAGAAGAUUGUACCUGCCCAGUUUGCUUGUGUGAAUUUGAGGAUGGUGAUGAAGUACGUACCUUGCAGGAGUGCAUGCAUUCGUACCAUGUGCCUUGCAUCGAUAUGUGGCUCUAUUCGCAUUCUAGUUGUCCAAUGUGCCGUUCCGACGCUACAUCUUCGCCAUUUAUAUUUUGA